AUGCUCAGCACUAAUAGCUGGCUGCUCUGGGCAACUUGGCUGCCCGCGUUGCUAAUACAAGCUGAAAGGCAACCCCUGCAUUUUUUGCGACAAGAAAGUCCCGAUGCCAGUAACAUUACCCAUAGUCUUGAUGUCUCCAGUUGUCCCGGCUACCAGCUCCAUUCUCUAAAGCAGACAAACACGGGCUUGACAGCCAAACUUGGUUUGAACGGAAAGGCUUGCAAUGCAUUUGGCACAGAUGUUGCGGAUCUCACCAUUCAAGUCACAUACGAAACUAACUCUCGUCUUCAUGUCAACAUCUUCGACACCGCCAAUAAGCAAUUCACAGUUCCGGAAUCGGUGGUCGAAAGGCCUCCAGCACCCUCCAAAUCAUUCCAAAAAACGUCGGACCUUGUGUUUAACCAUCAACCUUCUCCUUUUGCAUUUUGGAUCACUCGUCGUUCGCAGCCACAUGCAGCGCCCCUCUUCGACACGAGGAUUGCGUCAUUGCCUAAGACCCCUAUCCCUGCUGUAAUUCCCGACGAUAACUCCACCGCCCUUAACGGCUUUCCUUUAGUUUUUGAAGAUCAAUAUCUUCAGCUAUCGUCCGCUCUUCCAUUGAACACCAAUAUCUACGGCCUGGGAGAAGUUGUUGCUAGCUCCGGAUUCCGCAGAAAUGUGGGCCCCAAUGGUGGAACAAUCCAAACUAUGUGGGCACGAGAUAUUGCUGACCCGGUUGAUGAAAAUAUAUAUGGAUCACAUCCAGUUUAUCUUGAGCAUCGUUUUGAUGAAAAGACAAACACAUCUCAGUCACAUGGCGUUUUUUUGCUGAGUGCGGCUGGUGGCGACAUAUUGCUUUUGACGCCACCCCAAUCCAAUGUUUCUCUAAUUGAAUAUAGGAUGAUCGGGGGCGUUUUGGACUUUUACUUUCUUUCAGGACCCACCCCAAAGUCAGUUAUCGAACAAUAUGGGACUUUAGUGGGUCUCCCAUCUUGGCAACCUGUGUGGGGCUUUGGUUUCCAUCUUUGCCGCUGGGGUUACGAAAACCUUGCCGAUGUUCGAAGCCAAGUGACCAAUAUGCGUGCUGCAAAUAUCCCGCUGGAAGUUAUGUGGAACGACAUCGAUUUAUACCAUGCCGUUCGUGAUUUUACCGCUGACCCUGUCAGCUUCCCUCCCGAUGAAAUGCGCACGUUCAUUCGGGAAUUGAAUGCAAACAAUCAGCACUACAUCCCUAUCGUUGAUGCGGCCAUCCCGAAACAGAUCAAUGCGACCGAUAUUUAUGAUCCCUACACAAAAGGAGUUGAAAAAGGUGUUUUUAUCACCAACCCGGAUGGCACUGAGUAUGUUGGGCAGGUGUGGCCGGGGUAUACGGUGUUCCCUGAUUGGUUCCAGAAAAACACCCAAGAUUGGUGGACAGAAUCGUUCCGCAACUGGAGCAAAUUAGGGAUCGAGUUCUCCGGGAUAUGGCUCGAUAUGAAUGAGGCUAGCUCGUUCUGUGACGGGUCUUGUGGUACUGGUGCGGAUCUCAGCAACACUAGUCCUCCUUUCAUCCUCCCGGGCGAACCGGGCAACCCGGUAUUGGGUCUGUCUAUUAUUGUAGACUACCCGGAAUGUUAUAACUCUACAGUUCAUGGUCCCAGUGGAAACAUCACUGUCAAUGGAACACUGACCUGUAACUUGGAUACUGCGACGGUUGCGCUCUCUGGCUUGAGCAGGCGUGGGUUAGGUGCGGGGAAGCAGACAAAUGUCGAUCUUAAUACGCCUCCCUAUGCAAUUCAUAAUGGAAACGGGCGUUUAUCUAUCCAUGCGCUGGCCACCAAUGCCACACACGUAGAUGGGCAGGUGGAGCUAGAUGUUCAUAAUCUUUGGGGAUUGAUGGAAGAAAAAGCCACGAACAUUGCGGUCCAAUCUAUCAUUCCAAAUAAAAGACCGUUCUUGAUUAGUCGCUCGACGUUCCCUUCGUCAGGAAAAUGGACAGGACACUGGUUGGGUGAUAACUUCAGCCUGUGGUCCUACCUCCGGUACAGCAUCGCAGGAGUUCUCCAAUUCCAGUUGUUCCAGAUUCCCUUCGUUGGUGCAGACACGUGUGGUUUUAAUGGGAACACCGAUGAGGAGUUGUGCAACCGUUGGAUGCAGCUCUCCGCCUUCACCCCGUUCUUCCGUAAUCACAACAUUAAAGGAGCCAUAUCACAAGAACCCUAUCGAUGGGACAGCGUCGCAAAUGCUUCGCGAACCGCCAUCGCCAUUCGGUAUUCUCUGCUUCCCUACUGGUAUACUCUCUUUGCCAAUUCGUCUACUACCGGGACGCCACCGGUGCGAGCGCUGUUCUAUGAGUUCCCGGAUGAGCCAGAGCUCUUCAGCGUGGACGCACAGUUCUUGGUUGGCGGUGACAUCCUCGUCACUCCGGUUUUACUGCCCAACGCUACGACAGUAUCAGGGGUAUUCCCCGGACGUGGAUCGGUGAUCUGGCGCGAUUGGUACACCCACGAUGUCCUCAAGACUACACCUGGUCAGCCAACCACACUUUCUGCUCCGCUAGGCCACAUCAACGUCCACAUCCGCGGUGGGUCUGUUAUCCUUCUGCACGCCCAACCAGCGUACACGAUUGAGGAGACUCGCCAAGGCCCGUUCUCUCUCCUCGUAUCCCUCAAUGCACAAGGUCUAGCACAAGGCAGUGCUUACCUCGAUGACGGCAUCAGCAACCCACCCGGACCUAGUCGAAACCUCGUGUUCAAGGCGACCAAAAACGAGCUCACUGUCAGUGGAUCUGGUGGGUUCCAGGUGGGACCGAAAUUGCAGGAUAUCACCAUUCUGGGCGUCGGGUCUAAGCCGAAGUCUGUUUCUGCGAAUAACCGAAUCGUGUCGUCGUGGACGUAUGCUCCUCAACAGGCCAAGCUUGUCGCACUUGGGGUUAAUGUGACGUUGAAUCAGCCUUUGACGCUCAAAUGGAACUGA